AUGAUUGCGAAGGGUGUCUUCCCAAACAAGGUGACCUUCAACACGCUGAUCAACGACCUUUGCAAAAGCAGCAAUUUGGAGGAAGGGUUUCGCUUGCGGGAUUGGAUGCUGGCCACUGGCGUGGCUCCCAAUCUGGCAAGGAAGAUGACUGAGGCACAGAACCUCUUGAAGAGAUUGAUGCAGAAGGGUGUUGCUCUAACCAUUGUCUUGUAUAACACUAUAGUUGAUGGAUAUUGCAGAGCAGAGAGCAUGGAAGCUGCCCUUUUGGUGGUCGAGGAAAUGGAAGCAAACGGCAUGAAGGCAUCUCGGAUUGCCUACAACUCUGUGUUGAACGGUUACUGCAAAAUGCAGAAGGUAGUCAGUGCAGAGAAAGUGUUUGCUGAAAUGAUGCAGAAGGGCUUGAUGCCAGACGUUGUGACGUACAUCUUGUUAGAUGGCCAUGGUAAGGUCGGCCAGUUCGAGAGGUUUUAA